AUGGAAAUCACAGAACCGGUGCAGCUUGUGCCGACGAACGAGCCAUUGGAAUCCCAGAACCGGUACGGCUUGUGCCAACGAACGAGCCCGAAGUUGAUAGGAAGGAGGCCUGCAGUACGGCUCGUGCCAACGAACGAGCCCGAAGUCAAGAGGAAGGAGGCUGUGGAAAUCAAGGAUCCUGUGCAGCCGAUGCCGGUGGACAAUGCCAACCCUCAUGACGAAGGAGGGAGCGAGGCAAACUCAAACGAUGCUGACAUGCCGGAAGGGGAGAGGACUCAGGCGAUCGAAGGGCAUGCAGAUGAAUCCGAUGGGGAAGACAGCGAGGCGAGCAUGAACCAGGCGGAUGAGCCUGAAGACGAGAAGGCGAUUGAAAGCCAUGCAGAUGAGUCCAAAGGCAGGGAGGACGAGGCCAAAGGCAAGCAACGAGGACCAGGCGCUAGGCUGAUGAGCCCCAGGCCAAGCGAGAAGGUCUCUACUUUAUGCACACGGCUAUCUUUCGUCUUCGACCUGGGCCUUCCGCUGGUGCUGGUGAGGCCAUGGAGAUUCACGACCCAGUCCAGACAGGCGCCAGCAGGUGCAGCAAUCUCAGAUGACGAGGAAAGUGUGGAUGAGAAGCAGGCCAGCGGAAUCAGGCGAUGCAGAUGCGCCAACAGAUGGAGACAGGAUGCCUCAUCCAGCCAGCGCUGGAAACAGGCCGCUCAAGCGCUUUUUCGAAGAGCCAUGGCGAUGAUGCGGACCAGGACAAAAAGCCGAGGUCUGCCUCUGCCUCGGGAUCGCGUUGGCGCUGCUCCUGCAGCCGAGCACGGACUUUGCGCGAGGAGUUCUUGGGCUGAAGGACAGCAUAUUGGGGCAAAACGGCACCCGUUGCAUGCCGGAGUCGCUCGGCGCGCCUGGACUGCGCAAGAGGACGACAUUGCCGAGGACCGGCUGGAUCUCGAGAAGGCGGCGGACCUUCAGAGAAAGCGACGUCCCAGCCUUGUCUCGUGGUCAUGCGCCGCUUUAGCAGCACGUCAAUACGUUCGUUGUGGAUUUUCAGGCGCGGUUGAGCUCAGGAAGAGUGAAGCUGGUAGAUCCAGCAGGGAAGUGGAAGGUUCGGGUUAA